AUUGAAACUAAGCUAAUAAUUAUUUGUCUUUGACAACGGAAAAGAGGGGAGAGAGCAAUGAAAGAAGUGGAGAAAGGCAAUGAUGCAGGAGGAGGAUGUAAAGAUGGAACGAGAAAAUCAGAAAAGGACCAGAGCUGGAUUCCCAAGAUCAUUAAGAAGAGAGUGUGUACAGCAUUUGUGGAGGACUCCUUCAGCAAUGGGGCUCUUUGUCAGUGUGGAGGGGUCCGCGAUAUGCACAGUUCCAUCGCCACAGGAGAUUAUUUUGGCGCUGCCAUCGUGAGCCAGUGGGACAGCGCCCAGCACUCCUCUGAAUACCCCACAGAUGCUUUUGGGGAGCUGGAGUUUGCUGGGGCGGGUAGACGACACAGUCAUUUCCUGCGCCUGUCCUGUGACACGGCCCCUCAGAUAGUCUACACGCUGAUGACGGCCCACUGGGGGAUCCCCGCCCCCAACCUGGUGGUGUCGGUGGUGGGGGGCGAGGGCCGCGAGGCGCUUAAGCCCUGGGUCAGGGAGGUGCUCCGCCAGGGCCUGGUGCGUGCCGCACAGAGCACAGGCGCGUGGAUAUUGACGGGCGGCCUGAGGGAAGGUGUAGGUCGCUGUCUUGGCGAGGCAGUGAGGGAUCAUGGGACGGCAGCCUCCUCGGUAUCCCAGAACAAGGUCAUUGCAGUAGGCGUGGCGCCCUGGGGCCUGGUACACAACCGUCAGCAGCUUGUAAAUCCACAGGGAAGUUUCCCAGCACGCUACUAUGUUCAGAAUACUACACGUGAUUCUCGAUGUCUGGAUAAUAACUACCAGGCCUUCCUCCUGGUGGAUGAUGGGAGUGUAGGCCGCAGAGGAGGAGAGGAGGGGUUCAGGGCUAACUUGGAGGACUACAUAUCCCAUCAGCGCACUGGCAUCUGGGGCAGUGGCAGUAUUGAGAUUCCAGUCUUGUGUAUGUUAAUAUCUGGAGAGGCUUCCAUGCUAGAGAGAGUGGACCUGUCUCUGCGUAAGGCCACGCCGUGGCUGGUUCUGAAGGGUUCUGGCCCUGCGGCCGACCUCAUCUGUGACCUCCUGGUUGAGCUGUCGGUGAUGCCCAAGAGCCCCACGUCGCCGUCUCUAGACGGGGAGCUGCCAGAGGGCCCCAACGUGGAGCAGAGAGAGCGCGUGCGAGAGCGGAUACGAAAGGCCUUCCCCGCUGAAACAGACCUGGAGAAACUAGUGGACCGGGCACUCAGCAUUUUCCAGAACAAGGACCUGAUUACUGUGUUCAACGGGGGACAUGAGGGAGCAGACGACUUUGACACAGUCUUGCUGAAGGCCUUAGUCCGAGCCAGCAAACGUAUGUCCAGUGACGCCAGUGAGAACAUCGAGGAGCUGAAGCUGGCCGUGGCCUGGAACAGGGUGGACAUCGCCAAGAGCGAGCUCUUCAACGGCGACAUCCAGUGGCGGUAUGAAGACCUGGAGGACUCCAUGACGGACGCCCUGGUCAACAACAAGCCCCAGUUUGUGCGUCUCUUCACGGAGAACGGCCUGAACAUCCUGGACUACCUGACCAACCGGCGCCUGGAGAGCCUGUACCAGUCGCUGUCAGACAGCUCGCUGGCCUACAACCUGCUGCAGCGCAAGCUCACUGAGCGGCAGGGGGUGUCCGUCCACCUGGGCCCCGCGUCCACCCCUGAUGCCAGCACCCCCCUCAAGAGCUCCAUCAACCCCCUCAGUGACCCCUGCGCCGCCCGGGAGCUCAGCCUCUACGAGGUGUCGCGGGUAUUGUGGGACCUCCUGGGAGAUGUGUGUCAGCCCUUCUAUUUUGGUCCUCUGGGUUUGGAUCAUGGUGCUAGCACAAGAAAAGCACUGAAGCAAGUGAAUAAGCUGCUGCUGGGGGAGUGUUCGUACAAAGAGCAGCGGUGCCUCUCUCCCUGGGCCUCGCUCUUCAUCUGGGCCGUGCUGCAGAACCGCAGGGAGAUGGCCAUCUUCUUCUGGGAGAUGGCAGGAGAGUCUGUCCUCAGUGCUCUCAGCGGUUGUAAGAUGUUGAGAGAGCUGUCUAAGAUGGAGAACGAGACCGACACCAAGCUGGCCAUGAAGGAGCUGGCCCAGUGCUUUGAGAACCUGGCACACGAUGUGUUUAGCGAGUGCUAUAAGAGUAAUGAGAGCCGCUCCUACUCGCUGCUCAUCAGGAAGUCUCCGGUGUGGGUAGGGGGCACCUGUCUGCAGAUGGCCACGGCAGCUGAGGCCCGACUCUUCUUUGGCCAUGACGGUGUUCAGUCACUGCUCUCCCAGAUCUGGUGGGGUGACAUGGAGAGCAGCACGGAGGUGUGGAAACUCGUCCUCGCCUUCUUCUUUCCUCCCCUCAUCUACAGCGACCUCAUCAGCUUCAGAGAGCAGGAGACAGAUGAGCAGAAGACGGAGGAGAUUUUUCACACCAGGGACAGUGUGGACGGGGGAGACGGCACCGUGUUUUCCCUUGCUGACAUCCUGCACACGAAUGAAGAUGCAGAGGAAUACAAUGCUUUAAGGAACAAAUCCAAAGAAUCCUCCAGCCAAAAACGCCCGUUUGUGUUCCACAGAUGGCGGCAGUUCUGGUUCUCACCUGUUACCUCGUUCCUCGGCAACGUGCUGAUGUACUUCCUCUUCCUCUUCCUUUUUGCCUACAUCCUAUUGGUUGACUUCAAACCACCACCUAAAGGCCCCAGCUCAACGGAAUAUGUGUUGUAUUUUUGGGUGUUCACUUUGGUUUGUGAGGAGAUACGACAGUCUUUCUAUGUAGGAACCACUACUGUGCUCCAGAGGAUGCGGUUGUACAUCCAGGACAUCUGGAAUAAGUGUGACUUGACCGCCAUCCUUCUGUUCUCUCUGGCCCUUGCGUGCAGAAUGUUCCCAUGGUCGUACAGAUUCGGACGUUGUAUGAUGUGUCUGGACUAUAUGGUCUUCACUCUGAGGCUCAUCCAUAUUUUUGCCAUUCAUAAACAGCUGGGGCCUAAGAUCAUCAUUGUUGGGAAAAUGGUGAAGGAUGUCUUUUUCUUCCUGUUCUUCCUGGGGGUGUGGCUUAUGGCAUAUGGAGUAGCCAAUCAAGCACUUAUAUACUCCUAUGACUCCCGUCCUGAUUGGAUAUUUCGUCGGGUUUUCUACAGGCCAUACAUGCAUAUUUAUGGGCAGGUUCCACUGAAUGAAAUAGACGCUGACAAGCGUGAUGAGGUGGAGUGCACCAUGAACACCACUCUGAUUGAGAAUGGCAUGGAGCCGUGCCCGCAGAGCGACGACAACUGGCUGGUGCUCAUCCUGCUGUCCAUCUAUCUGCUGGUCGCCAACAUCCUCCUGGUCAACCUGCUCAUCGCUAUGUUCAGCUACACUUUCAGCAAAGUCCAGGAGCACAGCGACACGCACUGGAAGUUCCAGCGGUACAACCUGAUCGUGGAGUACCACUCGCGGCCCUGCCUGGCCCCACCCUUCAUCAUCCUCUCCCACCUGCACCUCUUCAUCAAGAGGAACAUCCGCAGGGUGCCCUCCGUCAAAAUGACACACUUCGUUCUGGAGAUCAGGGGCAGGAAGGCGAGCCAGCUCAACACGUGGGAGUCCAUUCAGAAAGAAAACCUUCUGUCCAUCCAGAACAAGAAGCAGCGCGAGAGCGACACAGAGCGACUCAAGCGCACCUCCAGCAAGGUGGAUAGUGUGCUCAAGCAAAUGGUGGAGAUCCGAGACCACGACCGCAGGCUGAGAAUGUUGGAGUCAGAGCUGGAGUACUGCUCCAGCGUCCUCUCAUGGAUGGCGGAUUCACUGUCCCAGAGUAACCUGAUAAAACCACCUCGCCCUCCCCCCGCACGAAGAGAGUCGGUCCUCAGCCCACCCUCGUCACCCCGCUACUGAUGGACCCCCUUGGGUGGGAAGAACAAAGGAUCAGGAGGAGGAGGAAUUGGCGAGGGAAUCAGACGACUGCACUGGUCGUGGAGAUGCACAGCCGCAAUGACCAAAGAGAAGUCAUUAUUUAUGUCGUAUCCUAUCUGUCCCAUCCAAGCCAAAGGUUCUGACAUUUCCUCUGUUUUUUGGGGGAAGGGGAGAUCAAUACUUGAGCAUGUGAUCUUCCAUCCAGCUGUGAACAGAUGCAGUAGUUUGCGCUGAAAUGUGUUAGAAGGUGGCUUUGCCUUACGUCAUCCCUUGACCACGAAUGGAAUUUAACCCACGGUCUUCGCAUAGUCUUUGCAUUUUAUUGCUGUCUGGUCUAUGUACUGUAUCGUCCUGGGUUACAAGUUCCAACUGAACAAAAUUACCACAGUUGUACAACCACAACUCACUGAAGAUUUGGCAGCACAUUAUAUUAUGUUAAGGUCAUGCCAUUUUAUCUGUCCUGUGCAAGGUUCCAAGCACUAGAGUACUUGAUUAAAUCAGGGUAUGACACUUUCACCUCAUUCCAUUGUAGAUAAAUGCACCUUAUUUUUUAAUAUUCAAAUGUUUGAACUUUUUGUGUAUGUCAUGUUCCUUUCAUUUCAUUUAGAGGUUUAUUACAAAACAACUUACAUUCAUAACUGAUUAUACAAGGUUUUAGAUCAAUUUAUCUAUUUAAGCUGCUUUGUGAAUAAACUCUAUUUUUA